AUGCCAUCCUCCAUCCAUCAAAUCAAUAGCCAAAUAGCGAAAGUCAAGAUGAGUAUCAUACAUGAAAUAGGAAUGGAUGAUAUGGACGAUGUCGGCACACGCUUUGUAAACUAUGAAAAUACUGUCAGAGCUAGUGCAAAAGAGAGUGAAGAAUUCUGGCCUACAUCUGGCAAAAUCAAUAUUGUCAUACUAGGUCAUCUCGAUAGCCAACUAGAGGGCUAUAUGCUUGCCCUUGAUGCGGCCCCUUAUUGGUCUAGAUUUCAUGACCCUGACUCGGCCACCAAUUCCCGGGCAGUGCCCGUCUAUGCGACUACGUCGUACCAGUUCAAUGAUUCGGCACAUGGGGCCGGGCUCUUCGACCUUAGAGAGUUCGGCAACAUCUACAGUCGAAUCAUAAAUCCGAGUCAUGACAGAAUCUGGGCCCGGUUUCCGAUUGACGCGGAGGUGCUCACUACCACUCUAUUCGGCCCCUAA